UGACCGGUAACCACCCGCGUGUAAAGUUCGAAGUCUUCGUCAGGCAGGAUUGUGCCAUUGUGGUCAAAUCUUCGAACCUUAGCCUGCAACUUCCUUUAUUUUCCCUAUUUCUGUCUACUUCUCCUUUUAAGGUUUUUCCUUGAUCUUCUCAGCUUUCCCAUACUUUCUCGCAGCCCAGAAAAUUGAGGGAAAUCAUGGGGUUCUCUAAAGAAGACAAGUCCAGAAGGGUUCUCAGAGGAUUCAAGACUCUGUUUUUUCUGAUCACCAUGGUGGUUUCAUUUCUUCUCUUCUCCGCCCCUGUUCUAGUGGUGAUCGCCGAUACUCUCCUCCCUUGUGCUCUCAUCUCCGCCUCUCUCUCCCCUUCGUCCCUUUCCCUCGAGACCCUCUACUCCAAUCUCAGCAACUACGAUUUCCGGUAUUCGAUCAUAGAUGUGCCCCUCACCUCCAUUGUCCGCUCAGCUGUGAUUCUAUGUGUGUACAGUUUCUGCGAUGGGCCUCGCCUUUCGAGAGGGCCGUACCUGGGGAUUACAACAAUGUGCAGCGUCUCAUCUUUGGUGUUCGUUUCGCUGAAAGCCUCGUAUGUUUUCAGUGGGUCGAGCACUGAUCAAGGUGCCAUUGAAGCGGCUCUGUUCAUAUGCUCGGUGGUGUUGGCCGUGGCCCAUAUAUUUGUGGCUUAUAGGAUCAGUUGUAGAGAAAGAAGAAAGCUUCUCGUUUACAAGAUUGAUAUCGAAGCUGUAUCAGCUUACAAAAAGGGGUUCCCUCGCUACCAAAAGAUUCUACAAGAAGAGAGAGUGAAGUGAUAAUCAGAAUGAACAAAACCAUUAAUUUAUAUUCUUUUAGCCUGACCCUCUUCGUCACCCAUCUGGCUCCGGUUUCAGAUGGUUCAUUCCAAGGGAAAUCAGAAGCCUGGUGACGAGAGGAAUAGCUGCUAAGAAGCCAAUACAAAUUGUAAACUAGUAGUUGUGUCUCAUCAUAGAGGCUAUGAUUUUGGUUAUAUCUAUAGAAUGUACAUGAUUUUACAUAUAUAUGGAAAAAGGUAAAUGAGUCAAAAGAACAGCCAAAGAAUGGCCAAAGGCAUUCUUAUGAGCUUUUUCAGCUAUUACAGCUCCAAUGAAAA